AUGCUCCCUCGUCGACCUCGUCUUGGCCUUGACCUUCCUUUAACGAGGACAAGAAAAAGGAGCGAUGCUGCACCCUCUAGUUACACGCCGGUCAAAGAAAGGGUACCAUCGUUGCAUGAGGACCACCCUUAUGUCCACACCUCUGUUUUCCGUCGAGGUCAGAUAGAGAUUCAUGUGCGGAGUCCUUACACAAAGGUCGUCAAGCAAGGCCAGGAGUCUAGCCGGUAUCUGCCUGUGUUCAGCGAGAACAGCAAGGUGGAGGGCACAGUUGUCCUGGAUGUGGGCGCUGCCACCCGUGGUCGGUUGACAAUAUCUAUUGAAGGCGCGUUCGUCUUCCUGUCACCGCACAUGAAAGUGGGGGAUCACAGUGUGGACGUGCACCGUACGAGUGCUCACCGACAUGUAUUUUUUCUCUCGUCUGUGGUUGCACCCGUUACUGCGAUGGAUAAUCAGCGGUCCUCUUCGUCGCUUCGGGAAGCCUUCGCUUCCAGCGUCCGACCGCGGAGGGAGCGUCGGCCUAGCCAGACGGACAUAAGGUUGAAUUUGAAGCAUUUUCCCUUCUCGUUCGAUCUCCCACAUUCGACACGAGCAGGAGAGGAACUGCCGCCUACGUUCUCCUCUGUGGUAAUGGGCCAGACUGGGACUCAUAGUAGAGCCUACGUGGAACGUGCUGAGGUAGCGUACAAGAUCGUCGCGACCUGGGAGCCUAUGAAAGAGAACGACCAUAUCUCACUAGAGGCACCUAUUUUAUUUGAGCCAGAUACAGACUUUCAGUCCUUAGAUGGACUUGAGUUGGAAAGAGAAUCAUGGUUGGAAAAACCACUGGAUUCAGACCGCCCUAUCCCUUUCACGUGUGCUGUCGCUCUUCCGGACCCUCCAUCUUUCUCGCGAUCGGGCACCAUUCCUUACUUUGUUGUGUUUACCACCACCCCUCGGUCAACCACGCUCGCCCACGAGAUCAUUGCAGACGCGACCGUCGCCGUUUCGCUCGUGCGUCAGAUCACCAUAGACGGACCGCCGGUUGCCUCAUCUCUUUCCCUUUCACCGACGUCCCGUACAUCUCGCUCAAGCGGUGAGCCGGACCUGCCUUCUCCAGCACCUCCACGGAGGCUGUUCAAGCGAGCCGUGAAGAGCGCACCGCCCAUUCUCAUGCGUACGCCGCCAGGCCCGAAACGACUCGGCGUGCCACCACCGCCAGACAAGCCGCUCCCACGCUUGCCGGGGGAGUGGUUGUCCGAAACACGUACAUUGCAGACGGACGUCAGUGUAGGCUUCCCGAAACGCCCUCGCAUGCGUGUGGAGCCCCACCAGCGGCAUCCGUCGUUGAGUGCGCACAAUGCGCUUCCCGAUGGUCUGUAUAAGGGCAAGAUACAGCUCGACAAGCACAUGUUGCCAGCCUUUAAGUGGACUGGUUUGAGCAUAAAGUAUUUCUUGGACGUGUCUGUCGCGUUCGGGCAGGACGCAGUGCGAGGCCGGGUGCCCAUACGCCUCGUCUGA